GACCAUGGGUAGAACUUAAUCAGGCCUUCCAUCCUUCUCCGACCUCCUUUUGAUCUCAGCCUAUUUCUUCCCACUUCUCUCCCCUCACAGUCUGCUUUCUGCCCCCUUGACUCGGCGCCUGCCUGCCUUCUGCCCCUCUCCAGAUUGCGCCCGGCAUCGGUUACGUCAGCUUUGCGGUCAUGGCAUACAAUCAGUCCUACAACCCCGAUGCGCUGCCAGCACAUGCAGAGCCGGAACAGGUAGCGCAAAUGAUCGGUGCCAUGCAAUCGAGCAGCGGACACCAACAGAAGCCUCGCCCACCUCCUCAUUCUACUUCCAGCGGGAUUCCCCCUCGAGUGCCGGUCUCUGGUGCUGGCAACCUGAGCCCACAUCCCCAACGAUACGGCGCGCCAGGCCAGCGCCCUCCCAUGGAGGUCGCGCACGGUAAACAGUCACCUACAAACGUCCCUCCGGCGAGUCAACACCGUCCUCAUCCACUACACCCGUCUCCUCCUCCCCAGAACUACGGCUUCGGGCCUCCUCCCACCCAGCCGGUACGCAAUCGUCCGCCGGUGGCACGCCCGCCCAAUUCGCCGCACCAUGCCGCGAUGGCAGUCCCGGACGACGAUCCGCAACAGCUAUUCCCCCUGUUCCGCGCUGCGAACACCUCGCACUCGGGGUCACUCACGGAGCUGGAGCUGGGUUCUGCUCUGGUGAACGGGGACUUUACCUCGUUCCAUCCCAACACGGUUAAGAUGAUGAUCCGCAUGUUUGACCGGAACAACAGCGGGACGAUCUCGUUUGACGAGUUUGUGGCGCUGUGGCGCUACCUGGCUGCAUGGCGGGAGUUGUUCGACCGGUUUGACCAAGAUCGCAGCGGGCGCAUCAGCCUACAUGAGUUUGAGAAUGCACUGGUUGCCUUUGGGUACCGUUUGAGCCAGCCGUUUGUGAUGGUGCUGUUUAGGACCUUCGAGAAUAAAGGGCGGCAGAUGAACGGUCAUGCAUACGGGCCAGCGAAGCAGGGCAUGAGCUUUGAUCUUUUCGUGCAGGCGUGCAUUAGUCUGCGGCGGAUGACGGAUGUGUUUAAGCGAUACGACGACGACCGCGAUGGCUAUAUUACGGUGAGCUUUGAGGAAUUCUUGACUGAAAUCCUCCAACUCCAGGAUUAGAUGGGGAUCUGAUCGAUUUGACAGACAUUGCUGGAGGGGAAAUGAUCUUCCUGGGAGCCUCUAUAACUAUAUUGUACAUUAUACCCUUCGUUCUCGUAGCAUCUUUCGCAGGCCGGUGGUUCCAUAGCGGGAAAGUAUAACAUGCGCU